AUGCAGAGUGAAAACGUCACAGUCGUUCAUGGCCCCAUAAAUCGAGCUCCGGGAGCGGGGCGCGGACCCCCUCGGGUGCUGCCUCCGCCGCCGCUGCCGCCGCCUCAGCCGCCGCCGCCGCAGCCAACCUCCCGCUGGGAACCGCCGCGGCGACCACACCAGCAGAAGAUCGGAGAGUGGGAACGAAGCAGGCAGGGGACGCAGAGGGUGGGGUGGGGGAGGGUGCAGCGGCGGACGAGGGAGGAGUGCACCCUCCUGGCGCUGAUUUCUCAGUGGCAGGGCCGCGUCAACCAGCUGGGCGGCGUGUUCAUCAACGGCCGGCCGCUGCCCAACCACGUGCGCCUCAAGAUCGUGGAGAUGGCGGCGGCGGGCGUGCGGCCGUGCGUCAUCUCGCGCCAGCUGCGCGUGUCGCACGGCUGCGAGACGGGGUCGAUCCGGCCGGGCGUGAUCGGCGGGUCGAAGCCGCGCGUGGCCACGCCGCAGGUGGAGGCGCGCAUCGAGCAGUACCGGCGCGAGCAGCCCGGCAUCUUCAGCUGGGAGAUCCGCGACCGCCUCGUCAAGGAGGGCGUGUGCGACAAGGCGAGCGCGCCCUCCGUGUCGUCCAUCAGCCGCCUGCUGCGCGGCGCGCCGGGCCUGCCCGGCCGCCGCGACGCCGCCGGCGCCGACGCCGCCGACCCACGCCGCAACCACUCCAUCGACGGCAUCCUCGGCGGCGUGGGGCCGGCGUCGUCGUGCGACGACGAGGAGUCGGAGACGGAGUCGGAGCCCGGGCUGGAGCUGAAGCGCAAGACGCGCCGCUGCCGCACCACCUUCUCCGGCGAGCAGCUCGACACGCUGGAGCGCGCCUUCCAGCGCACGCAGUACCCGGACGUGUACACGCGCGAGGAGCUGGCGCAAAAGACGAAGCUGACGGAGGCGCGGGUGCAAGUGUGGUUCAGCAACCGGCGCGCGCGCCUGCGCAAGCAGCUCAACUCGCAGCAGCUGUCGGCGUUCAACUCGAUGUCGCUGGGCGCGGCGUUCGGCGCGCCGCCGCACCGCCCGGCGCGCCGCACCCGCACGCGCCGCCGCGCACGAGGCCGCCCACGCCGCCCACGCCGCCACGCGCGCACGCGCAGUUUCCAGCACGCGGCCGCCGCCGCGCACGACACGCGGGCUUCGCCGCAGCCAGCCGCUGCCGCGCCGCAGCCGCGCAGGGGUUUAGUACACGUGGCAGGCGCGACGUUAAUUUUAACAAUGGAGUUCUAUAUAAUUAAAUUUUUGUAG